GGGAAAUUAAACACAAUGGAAGUUUAAUUAAACAACCACGAAAGAAACUCAGACAAGUUGACCCUUGGCAUUAUGAAUUAUUGUUUGUUACUAGGCCACAACAUUUUAUUUAAAUAUAUUUUGAUAUAGUUACAUCCUUGUUUCCCAAAAUUAAAUUUACUUAAGCUCAAAGCAGCGAUAAACAAUUAUAACUUUACAAAUUUGAAUGAGUUUAGUUCACAUUCGAGCCACUUUCGUGCUCCUUAAUUUAGUUUGUCUUAGGGUAAAUAUUUUUGCAAAGUGCAGUGAAGCUAGAGCGAAUCGAGUGAGGCAGAAAAAAAAAACAGUAGCAUCGACAACUGUUCCCAAUUAGCGGCAACAUGCAAAGCGCAUUUGCUGGAGCUCUCCGCUCAGCCUUGUAGCAAUGACACCGCUGCCAGCAACUGAGCUGGAAAAUCAGUUCGAAUCGCGGCACGAGAUUAGCUUCAGGUAAAAGGCAGGAGCAGAUAAUGGUCUCCUUUCUCCCGUCCGCCCAGCUAAUUGAGCUCUUGAGUUACAAAUGCAGCAAUAAAUUCAGGAUUUUUGCAUACCUGCCAGCUUGGGCUUGGGAAGCCCGGGAGUCCCUGAUCGAUCUACCUGGCUGGCUUAAAAGUCGCCCGCACACGCACUGAUUGCAUCAUUUGGCCUCAAAUCAGCGAGGAGAACGCUUCGAUUUGCAUAGCAACCAAGGAACAGGACACGAGCCGAUACAUUCCGCAAAAUGUCAGACUCCUCCAGCAACUGCAGUGGCAACUCCCAGAGGACGGAGAACUCCGUCAGCUAUGCCCUGUAUCUCUAUCUGCGGGAGUUGGGCCGCCCGAAGCCCCGACAGGUGCGCAUCGCCAGCACCAAGUUGCAUUUGACAAAUGAGCUCAUCCAGCUCCAGCAGCGCCGCCAGUGGGAGUCGGCCUUCGACCUGGAGUUCGAUGCGGAGUCGAGUUCCCAGCAGAUGAGUGCCUUGGACCGGGAACGGGAGUACCGCGACAUGUUGCGAUGCCUCAUGCAGGGGCAGCUCGAGAAGCAGGAGAAGCGCAAGCGACAGUAUCUACAGGAAAUCGGAAAGCUCUAAGCCAAACCCAAAGUGAUAGCAAAUCCAACCGGAAGACUAAAUUCAGAACUAUACUAAGUCAUUUUAAGAACGUGAUAAUCUACUCAGAAGAUAGAGAAGAAGCAAAGAAACCAAUGUGAUACAAAUAACCAUUUUUUGUCAGACAUCACAAUAACACACAUACCUAACUAAAGACGAACUAUUGUACUAAAACUGAACUUAAAAACCAAAUAAUUUUUAAAUAAUAUUCUACUCGCUUAACAAUAAUGUUCAAUCAAUUUACCAUACAUAGUUGACAUAGACGUACUAUUACACUUAGUAUACGCUUAUUCCUUUGAUGUAUUGCUUCAUUUCCAUCCCAGGGAAUUUCAACUAGUUCAAGCCAAGCGAAAUAAAGUAUCGUAAAUCACCAAAAAAACUGUGCCUCCUUGUGAAUCCCACAACUCAAAAGAUCGGGGCUGAGACAAGCAAAAGUGUUUGACUUUUGACACUCUUUUCUAGGCGGUUGAGGUGGGAACGACUGUCAAGUGCAGGAAAAACUGCAAACUGGCAAGCAAAUAACGACUAGGGGAUACCCAUUAAUACCAUCAAUCAAUACAUAUCAUCAACAUGGCGUUGCAAGUUUUGAUUUGCAUUUACAUCUUGUCAUCUACCUAAGUCUAAUUUAAUAUGGUUUAGAAAUUCAAAAAUAAUAAUAAAAUCCAAGCUUGGUUUAUAACUUUCAUGUUUUGAAAGUCGACCUAAUAUACCCGACUUUCCACUAAUACCACUCAGAAAAGAAAGGCGCCGAGAACGGGCAAGGAAAUGCAACAGAAGCAGUCCAAAGGUAAGCGCGAGGCAACUUUUUUCAAUUUCCUGCUGACAUUACGCAGAGCGUCGCAGCUGUGCGCCGUCCCUCUUGC